CCCUCAGGCACUCGCACAGCACCAUAAAAGCCAGAUGUGUGCUGCACGCUUUCACACCCUUCUCCUGACGCCUUCUCCUCUGCACUCCUCCAGAGACCCUCCACCCCACAGCCAUGUCCUGCUCCAACCUCUGCCGCCCCUGCGGACCCACCCCGCUGGCUAACAGCUGCAACGAGCCCUGUGUCAGGCAGUGCCAGGACUCCCAGGUCGUCAUCCAGCCUUCCACCGUGGUGGUCACCCUGCCGGGACCCAUCCUCAGCUCCUUCCCCCAGAACACCGCCGUCGGAUCCUCCUCAUCAGCUGCCGUGGGCAGCGAACUCAGCGCCCAGGGAGUGGCCAUCUCCUCCGGCGGCUUCGGCUUCGGAGGCCUGGGCUGCUUCAACGGCUGGAGAGCCCGCUACCCCUGCUAAGGGCCUGCGCCCACACCCUCACAGCAACCUCCUGCACCCUGCAAGGCGCCUCAUGCACUGAGCUCUCAUCUCUGUGUCACUGAUGGCACAUGGGCUCACCAGCCAUGGCUCCUCUUCUCAUGUCACCAAACAGGGAAGCAUGGAACAACAUCAGACCUUGCUGCCAGGAAACAUGACCACCUCAACUUUCUUCUUUCUUUUCACUUGAAAUUGUGCUCUUUCCACCUGGUGAUCUCCAACUGGAUCCUUCCUUUUAGUGUGUUUCUCUCAAUAAAGUUCUCAUGCUCUUCA